ACAUAUAUUCUGCGCGCGGUUGGCGAAAAUAUCUUUGUUAAUUCCUUCUGUAUCGCUUUUCUUGUUUGUGAAUUAAAAAUUCUUGUUUGAUAUGAUUUGUGUAGUCAAUUUUUUAAGUUAAAUAUUGAAAAUGUCGAAUGAUCCAGAUUUUUUAAUGGCGCUUGAAAUGCAAAAGCGAUGGAACGCCGAAUCAAGCACAGAUUUGAAUAGCAGCGAUGGCAGCGAACCGGAGAUUGUCAACUUUAGUAUGCCCCCCCCUUCUAAGAAACCUUUACGUAUAAAGCGUAGCAAUCCGACAUCAAACCAAGACGAAGAUUACUUAAAUCGUACGCAAAAUCUUGUACACCCCCAGUGGGAAACGCUGGACCCUACACCAGAUAUAUUCGCACUGUUUGGCGCUUUUGAUGAUAAAUUUUUUCAAAGUCGCUUGAAAUGUGUGACCCUGGAAUGGAGUAAGCGUAUGUAUAGCUGUGCUGGAAUAUGUUAUUCGCGGCGCAAUCGUUUCGGUAUGGAUAUCACUAUCCGCUUAAGUGAACCUCUGCUCAAGUUAAGACCACGCAAAGACUUGGUUGAGACUAUGUUGCACGAAAUGAUACAUGCAUACUGUUUUGUUUUGAAUAUACGGGAAGGAAACGGCGGUCACGGUCCAAAUUUUAAAAAGAUCAUGUAUGCAAUAAAUAAAGUGGCUGGUACCAACAUAACAGUAUACCAUACAUUCCAUGAUGAAGUAGAUGUUUACAAACAACACUGGUGGCGUUGUAAUGGAAGUUGCCAAAAUCGCGCCCCAUUUUUCGGUUAUGUGAAACGUACUUGUAAUCGAGCUCCUGGUCCCAAUGAUCAGUGGUGGGCAGCCCAUCAGGAGUCUUGUGGUGGCACUUUUAUGAAAAUUAAAGGCCCGGAUAAACCGAAGAAGCAAAACGCCUCCAAAGAACCAAAGCAACCGCAAGGAAAAGAUUUGCGGACGUUCUUCCCUUCUACAAACAAACAGAUAAGCUCUACACCAAAACUGUCGGACGCCAAUAAUGUGAAAGGUUUUAAUAAUGGAACUUCUGGUUUUGGUGUGGUAAAAGGCCCUAUCAAAACAAACGGCGGCGGUACCCUUCUUUUGAACCCUAAGACAAAGGCACCAGUUGCGAAACCAAUUGAUCGUCAAACAUCUAUAGCCUCUGCUUUUCCACCGUCCUCUUAUCCAGGUCUAUCCAGUGAUCCAUUUAAUACAAACACAAUUUCUGGGUCUAAUAAAACGCCAAUUCGGCAUACGUCAGCAGGUGGUAACUUACGAAACGUUAUUGGCUUUGCGAAUCUAAAUGGUAGUCCCGGCGGUAAUAGUGGUGCCGCUGGCCGUGUUAAUGCAAAUAGCAGUGCAAAUGCCGCUUUCAGUGGUAGUGGUUGUCAAGUAGGUGCCAAGGGUCAUUCGAGCUCAAGCUCCAAAAAUGAUUCAAGUGGGGAGGUGGAUCGUAAUCAUUUACGCGAGUUAUGGUUAAAGCGUUUCGAUAAAAAUAAAACAAAUAGAAGUUCAGAUACCACGAUAGAAAACAAUAAGAAAAAUUCUCGUUUCCUUGAAAGCGAUGCAGAAGCGCCAGCAGGUGAUGGCAAACGUAGACGGCUGUCCAACGAUAGUUUGCAAACAGUUGACACAUCAAAGAAACCUAAAACUGAGGAUUGGCUAGUUUUAGACGAUGAUAUAAUGUUAAGAGACACGCCUACGGAGACUAUUGCCAUUCUCUCGGAUGAUGAAAGUGAGUCCGAUGAUAACGAAAACGGUUUUGCGGUUGAAUUGCCGAAGCGGUCCACCCCGCUAACAGCAGAUGAACGACAUAAAGUUAUCAAAGAUGAGAUUCUUGAAGACACUGAUGAUUUGUUGGAUGAGGAUAUCAUUCUUAUUGAUGAUGAGUAUGAUGACAAUGCACAGGACGACAAUAAUGAAAUGGCUAAUAUAUCAGCUGCUGCGGAAUUAGCAGACACUUCUGUGAUAGAUGAAUUCUUUGGCGACGAUACAAUGUUGAAGGAUUUCAAUAGAGAAAAUGACGUCAAACCUUCUGGGUCCUAUCAUUUUCCCAACCCUAACGAUGACAUCAUUACUUGCCCAAUUUGUCAAGGUAAAAUGAAACGGUGCUUAUUCGCUGACCAUAUGGACGGUUGUACUGGCAUAGCGAUUAAAAUUGUUGCACCCAAGCAUUUCCUGAAAAAAUUAUCAUCCACAUCUCGACCAUUAAACCCAACGCGCACACCACGCCCUUCACGUAAAGAUAUUCUUCGAAAAGCAGGUUAUUCCGAACAAGAUUUAAUUAACCUUACUUCUACAAGCGAUGAUGAGUUUUCCAGUAGCAGCAGUAAUAUCAAUCUAAGUUCACCGAACAGGCCAGAGACCAAUUCCACAAACGCUGGCUGGAGUCCAGAGGACAUGGACACAAGGUUAUAUCGUCAAAGAAAUAUUCUAAAAAGUACAAUUCAGUGUCCCAAUUGUGGAAAAGAGGUUGAACAAGACACUAUCAACGAUCACCUUGACGAUUGUCUCUCUCCCUAGUUGAUUUAAAUUUUAUGAGUUUAUUAUUAUUUAUGCUUUUUUACAAAAUUUUGUUAUGUUAAAGUUCUUUAUAAUUACUUGUACGGCAUCAUUAGAACUUCCAGGCCUUGCUUUUCACCAAAUAAAUUAUACAAGUUCACAUAA